AUGGCUAGAAUCAAAGGCCAGGCUCAAUUCUGUCCAGACACAACCACAUAUGCCCCAUGCAGUACAUACCAAACCAAUGUCAAUGGCUUACUCUCUUCCCUUUCGUCGAACGCCAAUCAGAGCGAUGGAUUGUACAACACCACCGUCGGGCAAAACAACCCCAGAGCCACCAUGUACGGCCUCUUCCUCUGCCCCGUAGACGUCACCGGUCCGACUUGUCAAGAAUGUGUUUUCCGAGGCAAUCGAAGAUAUCCUCGUGAAACGCCCCUAGAUGAAAGAAGCCAUCAUUUGGUAAGAAAAAUGCUGGUUACGCGAUACUCGAACCAGUCUUUCUUCUCCACAAUGCAAGAUAACCCCAUGGUUACGGAUUGGACCUCCGGCAAUGUAUCAGACCAGAGUGGCUUUACGAGACUGUCGAGCAAUAGGUUGAGUGUGGUGGCAAAAGAAGCGGCGUACGGCGGCAAGAAAUCAUUUGUGACCAAAGAAGCAAAGUUUGGCAGUUUUGGAAAUCUAUAA